ACGUUGAAAGAGGCAGAAAGAUUCGUAGUUAUGUUAGGGACCAUAGUUUACAGGACGAUGUUGUGGUAUGCAACUCCUUGGAUAGAUAUAUAUGGGAAAUGCAAGAGCUUCAAAGAGGCUAGAAUGACUGCUACAAUACAUGGCUCUAUAAUGAUGACCGCAGAAAACCACUAAUCAAUAGUCUGCAGUUCAUAAGAAUGGAUAAUUAUAUGCCCUUCGGUAAGCAACUUGAUUGUUCAACUAUGGGUGGGGAUAACACUGAACUUGAAAUCAUCAUCAAACAGGACGAACAUGAAGACUGGGAGCUUUGGGUGGAUGAAACUAUGAUCGGCUUUUGGCCAAAAUCAAAUUACAGAAGACACUAUGCAAACAAAAUUUCAUGGGGAGGUGAGGUAGUGAAUAAGCGGACAAGGGGAAGGCACACAUCAACCGAGAUGGGGAACGGCCAUUUCUCGAGCGAACCAAUAGGGAGCGUUGCAUACAUCAGUAACAUGGGCAUAUACGACCUCGACAUGGAUCGUUAUCAUGCUCCCGAAGCGAUCAAUGUAUACCUUCCCCGGCCGGACUGCUAUGAUCUCAAAUAUUUCCCAUCUGACGAUGAAUAUGGCCGGCAUAUAACAUUCGGUGGGCCUGGUUAUGAUAGAACAAAAUGUCCUUGAUCUUCUUAUUAGACUGUUAUCGAUGCUA